AGGAUAAGGGUAAUUUGAACAUUAAGAUUAUAGAAACUACUUCUCAGACCAUUGGCAAUGAUUUAGAUGCUUUUGUAAAUAAAGAAAAAAACUUUACUUUGUUUAAAAGAAAAAUAAAUCAAAUCAUUGAACCUCGAUUCAAUCCCUGUGAAGAUUAAAUUGUUGAUCAAAAAUGUCGGCGAACGACAAAGAAUCAACUUCAGAGAAACAGUCAACUACUGAGAGGCAUGUUAAAGGUGUUCCAUUUCCACCAAGCCACAAGUUGACCAUAAAGGAGGUUUUUGUGAACGACAAACCUAAGGUUGAUUUACUGAAGGAACAUUUUGUGCAAGAAGGAAGGGUAGAGGAUGAAGUGGCACUUCACAUUAUCAACCUUGGAUCGGAGUUACUGAGGAAAGAACGAACCAUGGUUGACAUAGAAGCCCCUGUGACAGUGUGUGGUGAUAUACAUGGCCAGUUCUUUGACCUCAUGAAACUGUUUGAAGUAGGUGGCAACCCCGCUACUACUAAUUAUCUUUUCCUGGGAGAUUAUGUGGAUCGUGGAUACUACAGUAUAGAGUGCGUGUUAUACUUGUGGGCUUUGAAAAUCCUCUAUCCAAACACUUUACACUUGCUUCGCGGAAACCACGAGUGCCGGCAUUUAACUGAAUAUUUUACUUUCAAACAGGAAUGUAUCAUAAAAUACAGCGACAAGGUGUAUGACGCUUGCAUGAACGGAUUUGAUUGCCUGCCAUUAGCAGCUCUUAUGAACCAACAGUUCCUGUGUGUACAUGGUGGGUUAUCACCUGAACUGAACACUUUAGAAGACAUUAAAAAGUUGGACAGAUUCAAGGAGCCCCCUGCGUUUGGGCCCAUGUGUGACCUCUUGUGGUCAGAUCCAUUGGAGGAGUUUGGCAACGAACAUUCAACCGAACACUUUUCCCACAAUUCAGUUCGAGGCUGCUCUUAUUUCUACAGUUACCCAGCUGUUUGCGAGUUCUUGCAAAACAACAGUCUCCUGUCGCUCAUACGCGCGCAUGAGGCACAAGACGCAGGAUACCGCAUGUACAAGAAAAGUACUUCAACUGGAUUCCCUUCCCUUAUCACCAUCUUUUCUGCUCCCAACUACUUGGACGUUUACAACAAUAAAGUAACUGAGAUGCUGGUAAACGUGCUCAAUAUUUGUUCGGAUGAUGAACUGAUGGCUGAAAGAGAUGAUAGUUUCGAAGAGGGAGGUUACCCAGCAGCGCGUAAAGAAGUCAUUCGAAAUAAAAUUCGUGCCAUCGGAAAAAUGGCGCGCGUAUUUUCCGUUUUGAGAAAAGAGAGUGAAACGGUACUUGAAUUAAAAGGACUCACUCCAUCAGGGAUGCUUCCAAUGGGUGUUUUAUCUGGAGGGGCAAGCUCAUUACAGACAGCCAUUAGUGGAAUAAACCCAGCUGGUAUUCGCUCUUUUGAAGAAGCUAAAGGGUUGGAUCGGGUGAAUGAGCGGAUGCCGCCGAGACGGAAUGGAGAUGCAAGUGGAGAAUCAAGCAGUGCAGGAAACAAUUAAAUUUGCCGUCAAAGUUUUCACUUUUGCAUUUUUGGGGACAGAAUUGGAAUUAUAUGAAAAUAUCCCCUUUUUACACCACGUGUGUGUAACACCUCAUUGAUUGCAGAACUUCAACCUAAUGCUUAACAUAAAACAUACAAGGGCAUUGGUUUUAUGUGACUUUGCACUUUUCAAGGUAAACAGAAAAUUUAAAUUUGUUUGAAACUAAAAUGGAAGCCAUUGGUGCUGCCUCAAAUAACUACAACAAAUGUUGUGAAAAAGUUGCGAAAAUUUUGAAAAAUUGAGUAUUUUUUGUCCUCAAAGCAACUACUGCUGCCACUUACAAACAUUCUGUUUUACUUGUUGUCUCAAACACGUUGGUUUUUCGUUCAGUUACCCGAUAUUUUAAUUCUAGGUCUACUGUACUGCAUGAGAUAUUUUUUCUGUUUUUUUUUUCACUUGAGAUACAAACGUCUGUAGUUUUUUGUCCUGUUUAAACAAUUUGGAUAUUUUCAAUUCUUCAGGCGAGUGUUUUUUUGGAAUGUUCCGUUUUUUGUUUGUUUGUUCCAUAAGCAGUAGACCAGCUUGAGAGAUUGAAUGAUUAAAAUAUUACGACCAUCUUAACGUCCCUGUCUGUACGUUGAAACCCUGCUUUGGCAGCCAUUUAAACUUAUAUCCCUGAUGGCGUAAAAGUAUGCAGUAUGGAGAUAUCUAUAUUAACUUGUGUGUAUUUUCCGGUAUUUUAGACCUUGAGUAAGAGGUACACACCCAUUUAUGUUUUGCUGUUCCGAAAAUUGUUAAAUUCGUUUAAAUUUUUUUUACACAUUUUUUUUGUUCUGGUUUUUCUUGUUCGUUAAGUUAAAAAAGUUUUUAAUUUUCAAAUCUGCAGGACUUAUUUCCACAACGCAUUAAUACAUAGACAGCCGAAUAAAUUGGCAGAUUUAAUU